AUAACCUAGCUCUGAUACCAUGACAAAUCGUCAUGUUUACUAAAUAGAUUUUUAUUUUUUUCUUGAUUUUAAUGAUAAUUGAUUCUCUUAAGAUAAACUAAAGACGAUAAAUGAAUAAGCUAAAGUAUUUUUUUACAGGUAGGUUGAGGGAAAGGUUAGAGGAAGUUAGGUGAGAAUCGAAUGCAUAUUAUAUCCAAAAAUAUGUUAUUUAUAUACUUUAUCACUUCGUGGGUGAAGUUCGAACCCAUGAUCUUCCGUCAUAUUGAAUUUUAAUACCAUGUCAUGAAAUCAUGUCAACCAAAAACUUAGGCUGAUGUUAUAAUCCCAGAAUAUGUUAUACUCUAUUAUAAUCCCUUACAGUCUUACAUCGUAUCAAAAAAACCUUUAAAUUUAUCUUUGUGUAGAUUGUAAGAAUUAAAACCUUAUUAGCAACUAAAGGCGACCAUUGAAUAAGUUAAUAAUAAUUUUUUACUAGGUAGGUCGAAGGAAGGGUUGGGAAAAGCUACGUGAGAAUCGAACGCAAUUUAUAUUUGAGAAAAGCAAUACUUACUCCAAUUAAGACAAAAAUCUAUUUUCCUUAACAUUUUUUAGUUUUCCUAAAGUGAUGAAAGAGUAUAAUACAAAUUCUAAUAGUUAAGUAUUAAGGAUAAUAUGUAAGCAUUAAAAAUACGAUAAGUAAACAUUAAUCUUUAAUAGGUUGAGCUUAUUAUACGUCUCUCAAAGAGACGGUCUCUAAAGAGACUAGCUAAGAGUACAAUGAGUGUUGUGAAAAUCAGUCACCAUUUAACCUGUCCCCUAAACCAAGACUCGCUAUUAUAAUACGAUGUUGAUUCCUUCAAAGUUGAAACUCAUAAACUAAAAUCAUCCCACCACGUUCUCCAACAUUGUCAACCACAACAAACAUGCAUACCACCAAUAAACAUAAACUCCCUUCAAAGUACUACUUUCUAAACUCAUCUAAUCAUAAUCAUCGAUCUUAAUAAUUCUUCAUCAUCAUCUUCUCUUCUUAAUUCCCUACAACUUAAUAAUAAUUGAUCAUCAUCAUGAUGAUGAACCUAAGAAAGCUAAAAGUACCUAAAAAAAUGAGGGUGACGAGUAUGAGUACUUCAACCAAACUCAAAGGAAUGAAAGUAAGCAAAAGCAUCAAAAGCAUAAAGAAAAUAAAGAUCAGAAAAAGACUAACAAGUCUAAAGAACGCAAAAACAGUUGGUACUACAACUACUCCUAGGAUCGGUAUCCGUAGGAGUAGUAGUAAAUGGAUAUCUGUUGUUAGGAAACGGAUCUUAAGACCCAAAUUUCGGGGUCAUAAAAAAAGUAAUAAGAAUAUUAUUAUUAUUCAUAAUAAUACAAGUAUUACUGCUAAUGAAGAAGAUAAUAGGACUAGUUGUGCUACUAUAAAGGAGAAUAAUAAUAUUAUUGUUCCGUUGAAAGGAGAAGAUGUUACCUCCAUUGACUCAGGUGCUCCGCCACCACAAGAUCAGGAAGCUGAGACUACAGAGGAAGAGGAUCAGAUUAGUCAAACUCAUUUUCAGAUUAUCAGGUUAAGGGAAGAAAUGGCUGCUCUUCUUAUUCAGUCUGUUUUCAGGGGUCAUUUGGCAAGGAGGGCAUAUAGAGCACUGAGAAGCCUGGUGAAGUUACAAGCUGUGGUGCGGGGAGUGUGUGUGAGAAGGCAGGCUCGUAUCGCUUUGCAUUGUAUGAACACCAUGGUUCGGUUGCAGCUCCGCAUUCGAGCCAGGCAGCUCCUGUGUAGGCCGAGUAAUGCUGUCGAAGCUUGAUCAUCCUCCCUCAUUCAUGUUCGAAUUGUUCAUUCUCGUUUUUUGUUAAUGGAAAACUAACCUUCUUAUUCCCACACUGGAAAACAUGUUUGAUAUACUUCGAUGUGCUUAUAUAUUUAUGUAUUAUUGAUUGAUUCUUCAUGUAUUGUCUGGUGUAGCUUCUUUCGCAUAAGGUUGUGAAAAAGUGGAUAAGCCAUUUUUCAGAUAUCAAAUAUGUUAAUAUAGUGUUUGGAAAUAAGUAUUUCAUUUCAAAUUAUGAAUUUUAAUUAUGAAAUCAUAAAUGAAGAAUUUGAGAAUGACAAAAUUUGAGCAGUCAUUCUCAAAUUCUCAACUUUAACUACUUUAAAAACAAUGGCGAAAUUUGAUCUAAAUUCAAAUUUGAAAAUUUUUAAUUUGCCAAAGAAUA